UACUAAUUACUAUAAUUAUUAUUAAUUCGCACAAUAUUUUACCGCUAAACUUUAAAAUGUUAUAAUAAACUACAAAAGAAACAAAUGAAACUUCUUUUUUAAAAAGUUGUGAUCCGUGUUAUCAAUUGUUUUUUUCAAAAUGAAAAACAAAUUCGACUUAGACUUUAAUGUACUUUGUAGGCUUUGCCUGCAUAAAGGCCCAGAAUUACGUCCAAUUUUCGACUGUGAUUUUUCUUACCGCAUUGAGUCGUGUGUGGGAAUAGUAAUAAGGCAGUGUGAUCGUGGGCCAGCCCAUAUGUGCGUUAAUUGUCAGAGUAAUUUAGAGAACUGGGAAGAAUUCAAGCAAAAAUGUAUUUCCUCAAAUGAAUGUAUUCAGAACUGCAUUAAGCAGUUAGAAGAAGAGAAAUUAAAUUUGACUGUCGAUAAUUCUAUUAAACUUGAAGAUCAAUUAGAAAUAGAUGAACAAGAAAGUAAUCAUGAUAGUACGUUAAAUAAUGAAUUUAACAAUCAAGACUCUGAUAAUGAUUCAUCAAAAUCUAAGUCCCCCAUUUUACCAAUAACACGAGAAGUCUACUCAAGAGCUGUUAAAAAAGAAGUAAAGGCUUUUGAUAAUAAAACAUCUAAUAAAAAAAAACAUUACGAGUGUGGAAUGUGUUCUAUAGAUUUCACUGAAAAAGAAACAUUAUACAACCACUUAAUAGACUUUCAUAAAUUAGAAGAGAAUAAUACGCCACAUUAUUGUUUAAUUUGCAAUAAAGGAUAUUGUAAUUAUACAAUUUAUCAAAAUCAUUUGACUGCUGAACAAGAUAUUCAUGGAUCCAUUCAAAUUCAGGAUAAAGUCAAGGACUGUACAAUUGGUUGUGGACUAUGUACUUGUAAAUUUAGCCGGUCGACUAGUCUUUAUCGUCAUCUCCGAAACCAUGCAUUGAAGAAAGACCUUAUGCCUCAUUUGUGUUCAUUUUGUCAGGUGGGAUUUCUUGACACAUACAGUCUUUACUUGCAUGCAUCAACUGAACAUCACGCUGCAUCUGUCAUCGUAAAUGAAUCAAAAAAAGAAUCUUCUGAUGUGUCAACUAUUCUUAACCAAGGAGAGGAAUUAUGCGUCAAAACUAUGGCCACCAACACUGUUAGUGGCGAAUACAAGGAUAACAACUACACGAUCACUACUAAACGUAAAAUCAAAAAGCUCAAGACACUUGAAGACAAGCGAGCAAAGUAUCGUGAGCACUACAGGCGGUUCCAGUCAAAGACGUAUGCAUGCGAAUUCUGCAAUGUUGCCUAUUCUCGAUUCUGUGACCUAUUCAAUCACGACCGUACCGCCCACGACGAUAUGCCCAAAGAGUUUAGCUGCCCCACGUGCGGCAAACUGUUCCUUACGAACAACCGGUUGCAGAUCCACCAGAACGCGUUCCACGCCGAGAAGGCGUUCAGCUGCGACGUAUGUAACGUGCGGUGCAAGUCCAAGCACACAUUGCGCACGCACAUGCGCAAGCACAGCGGCGUGUUCGCGUGCUCUCACUGCGGCCUGACAACUGCCAGCAACGCGGCACUUGUGUCACACAUGCGUAUACACACCGGUGAGAAGCCGUUCGUGUGCGACCUGUGCGGCAACUCGUACGCGUCCAAGCUGGGACUCACGUCGCACAAGCGCACCCACCAGCAAGAGGCGCUAUUCAAGUGCAAUGUAUGCGGUUACACCGGUUCCAGCCACAGUUCCAUUUACAUACACAGGCAGACGCACAACUCGGACAAGCCGUUUGUAUGCGACGUGUGCGGCAAGACGUUCAAGAUCAAAGUGCGGUUGGUCGACCACCAGAAGAUACACUUUGCGUCCAAGGACUACGUGUGCGAGGUGUGCAACAAGGCAUUCCUGGCUCGGUACCAGCUGGUCCAGCACUCGCGCACCCACUCUGGCGAAAAACCAUUCCAGUGCCAUUUGUGCGCCAAGGCGUUUGCUCGGCGAGACGGACUGUCCGAACACAUCAGGACGCACACGGGCGAGAAACGGUACACGUGCACCGAGUGCUUCAGGACGUUUUCGUUCUACAAGAGUAUGAAGAAUCACAAGUGCUCGGCGACUGUCGUUGGUGGUGUAGACGACGAUGUCAACGACAGCGUUGAUGCAGAUAAUGUCCGUUGCAAUAGAGUAGAGAGUAUGAUGGAUCCAUCGCCAUCCACCUCAUUGCAAAUGUCAACCGAAGACAAUGGAUCGUUGGACCCAUCCUAUCAACCUACCAUUGAAACCAAUGGUAGCAGCAGUGUUCCAUCAUUUCCUGACAGCUGUAGUUUACCCACCAGCUGGACACCCAGUUAGAAACGGCCAAGUGAACUAUUAAAUUAUAAGUCGGUGUAAAACUGCUGCGGUGACAAUAAAUUGUGUCUGGCUGCAUCUUAUCGUGUUGGCAUGGUCAUGUGUGCAGAUAUUCUGAGUUAACAUUAGUACUAAAAAUUUUUUUUAUUAUUAUUAACUCAUUGGGUGCUUAUUCACAUGAGUGACAUUUAUUCUUCCUACCAAACUAUGACCAUUAUUGUUACUAUCAUCAGUAUUUAUAGUAUGUCAUAGUAUACCUAAUAUUUGUGAUUAAAGAAUUAUGGCUAAUAGUAAUACUCUAAAAUUUUAACUGUGUGUUACUGAAAAUUAGAUGGGAUUCCAUUUCAAUUUCAUAAUGAAAGUUUGAAAAUUAAUAUUUUUUUUACACAAAGGUUUAAAUAUACACUAUUUUUGACUAUAUUUAUGGCCAUAGUUUUGUAUAUCAUCUACUUUAGUAACGACUCACAGAAUAGAUGAAUCUUUGUCUAUGAGGGUAGGGUUCUGCUCUGCAGAGUAUUCAAAUGGGCUACUAAUAAAUUAUGUGAACAAAAUCAUUGAUUUAUUUUAUUUACAUAUAACUGAUAUUAUGUUACUAUAGUUAUAAUAUCCAUAUGUACCUAUGC